GAUUUAUAAAGUUGACUAUUUAGGUUAUAAAGCUCCGAAGACCACCUUUGAGCCAACCACAAUCCGACCAACACCCAACCAACUCAUCGAUGGCUGGCCCCGCGCCUCGAAAAGCCGUACUAGUGGAUUGAGGGAUUCGGUCUGAUCGCGGUGUUUACGGAGUAAGCACUGUCGAUGAUCUAGCCCGAACAGGAAAACUCAAGCCCCAAUUUGCGCACAGCAGGCUACCAGCUGCCCUGGGCUAGGGUAGUGCCGAAGACAUACAUAGCACAGCAUGACUGCACCCGGCGUGUUUCGAAAUGCUCCAUCACAAACAUCAUCGCAUUGCCUUUGGUACGGAAGCGCAAAAGCAUUUGUCAUCUAUGUUCUGUGUGACUGCGUGUUGGGUUUUGAUUUUAUUCUACUCAUUAUGAGUCAGGCCGACUCGGAUUACUGAAGACCGUCGCUAUUUCAUCUCUUCGACCUACAGUUCAGCUUUCAAUUGCGUCAUCUGGGCAAACCAUCGAGACGACCACUUGCAAUGACUUCGCCACCAGAGGCAUCAGAGUCUCCGGACAGAGAUGACAAGGAAACGGUUGAGAAGCAUGCACCACCGCCUGGUCCACCCGGCGGAACGCCCCCGCCGAACGGCGGCACGCGGGCAUGGCUGCAGGUAUUUGGUGCUUUUGGCGUCUUCUUCAACACAUGGGGGCUGCUCAACACGUUUGGUGUCUUCCAGACGUACUACGAAACCGGCGAGCUCUUCGUCGAGUCCUCGUCCAACAUCUCCUGGGUCGGCUCGAUCCAGGCCUUCCUCGUGCUCACGGGCGGGCUCAUCAGUGGGCCGCUCUAUGACAGGGGCUUCCUGCGCGUCCUCAUCGCCGUCGGCGCGUUCCUUGUCGUGUUCGGGCACAUGAUGCUGAGCCUGGCAACGCAGUUCUGGCAGGUGGUCCUCGCCCAAGGCUUCUGCAUCGGCCUGGGCGCUGGCCUCAUGUUCACGCCCUCCGUCACCGUCUUGCAGUCCUACUUCAGCACCAAGAUAGGUCUGGCCUCUGGCAUUGCCGCCGCCGGCAGCUCGUUCGGCGGCAUCAUCUACCCCAUCGUGCUGUACCGGCUGGUAGGCGAGAUCGGAUUCCCCUGGAGCGUGCGCGUCAUCGGCUUCAUAUGCCUGGCCACUCUCAUACCGCCGAUGGUAUUCUUGCGCCAGCGGGUGAAGCCUCCACGAGUUCGUGCCAUGUUCGACACCACUGCCUUCUCUGACGGCGGAUGGCUCCUGUUUACCUUCGGCUGCCUGCUGGGGUUCGUCGGCCUCUAUGUCAUGCUUUUCUACCUUUCGUACUACGGGCUGGCGACGGGCACCGUUGAUUCGUCUAUGGCUUUCUACAUUGUGCCCAUUUUUAACGCCAUGUCCAUGUUUGGACGGACUCUGCCCAAUUGGCUUUCCGACAAGACGGGCCCGCUCAACGUCCUCAUUCCAUGUGCUUUGAUCUGUGGUUUGCUAGUCCUCUGUAUGCAGGCAGUGCACACUCUGGCAGGUUAUGUCUUGAUUGCCAUCUUUUUUGGCUUCUUUUCCGGUGCUUUCAUUGCGCUCCCGACCGUCGUCUACAUCAUCCUUACGGAGGACAAGUCGAGAAUCGGGACGAGAAUCGGAAUGGGUUUCUCGCUACUUGGUCUGGGUAUUAUCAUCGGUGGUCCAGGCGGUGGGGCGAUCCUUGGCGCGGAUCAAGACUGGACCUCCACAUGGAUCUUUGGCGGUGUCAUGCUGCUUGCUUCUGGUGCUACCUUGACAAUCCUUCGUAUUUGGAGGUACGGGGUCAAGUUGAACACUAAGGCGUGAGGCCUGUCGACUGUGGCUUGUUAUAUACAAGACAAUAACCCUUGGGAACGAUUGUACUGUGUCCCAUUGGUAGGAUCGGGCCAAACACUUGGCCCCUUCAUCUGCAAUCUGAAUACUUUAGACACUUUUGAACCAAAGAGGAAACACUUAAGGCGUUACAGGGCUGGUAACAACUACAACUUACGUUAUUACAUCACUUCCCAGGCUACCUAAGUAGAAUGCAAAAUAUUAUUGGUGACUACUGGUAGACGGACAUUCAAGUUGUACCUAGGUACCUUGUGUUAUUUUCCGUUGGGAGUGGUAUUUUCGCAUGGCCUCUUUCUUGCUGCUAGGAUC